CUCCACGCGCGCCCGGGCGUUCGCGCUCACGGCCGCACCUGGCCGAGACGGAGACUGGUUGCCGGCGCCGUGGCGAAUCGGCGGAGCUCCCGGCAGCCACUCCGGAGCCGGUGUGCGGUAGAUCCGGCUGGAGGUCCCCUGCGGCGUCAGGUCGGCCGUGGUGGCGCCUAGCAAGGCAGCCUGCUCCAGUGCCCACCGAGGGGGUCAGCCUGCUGCAGUGCCCACCGAGCGGCAGGUGCUUUUCAGGGACCCUGAGUCCUGCCCUGCAGGAUGGACCCAGCGCCAUCUGCCGUCCGACUCUCUGUCCAAGAAGCUAUUCACACCCUUUCGUCCUCAGAGGAUGCUGGUCACAUCCUGACCACGCUGGGGUCGGUGAGGCGGUAUCUGGGUGAAGCUGAGGACCCAGCCCUGGCUGGGGAGAAGAAGGAGUUUGCCACUGUCCACUUCUCAGCCUUUCUCAGAUGUCUGAUCAGCAAGCUUAGCCAGGAGUGGCUGGAGCUGUCCCCCGACGGCCAGCUGGAGCAGCUGUGGGAGAGCUUCUUCCUGGAGGGCCCUGCAGACCAGGCUUUCCUGGUGCUGAUGGAGGGAGUGGAGGGCAGCGCUGGCCCUAGCUUUCGUUUGAUGAGGAUGGCUCAGCUGCUGGCGACAUUUCUGAGCAAGGGCAGGAUGGCAGCGCUGAUGGAGGAACAGUGUCGUCCACAGAUGAAAGCUGGCUUCCCUCUGCUUCAGGAGACGCUGCUUAGCAAGGUGGUGGGCUUACCUGACCACCUUGGCAACCGUCUGCAGCGAGACAACCUGGCCCAGUUUUUCCCCCAGAAUUAUUUCCCUGUGCUUGGCAAGGAGAUUCUGCAGGCACUACAGGUGGUGGUCAACUCGCUCCGAGGUGGCCUAGACUGCUCUGUCUCCUUUGUGUCUCGCGUCCUGGGGAAGGUCUGCAUCCAAGGGCGGCAGAAAGAGAUCCUGAGUGUGCUGGUGCCUCAGCUCACGGUGCUCACCCAGGACAGCGGCCUGUGGCAGCGCGUGUGCUGGCGCCUGGCCGAGCAAGUGCCAGACCAGGCAAUGGAGGCUGUGUUGACCGGAUUCGUGGAGGUUGCUUCCGGACCUGAAGUUUUGUCACGACUGUUGGGGAACCUGGUGGUAAAGAAUAAGAAAGCCCAAUUUGUGAUGACGCAGAAGUUUCUGUUUUUGCAGUACCGACUCACGACACCCAUGCUGAAGAGCCUGCUGGGGUACCUGGCCAUGGAUAGCCAGCGGCGACCACUCCUCAUACAGGCCCUGAAGGAGCUGCUGGAGACAUGGGGCAGCAGCAGCUCUGUCCGACACGCUCCCCUGGCACAGCAGCGCUACAUCAGCACAGCCAUUCUUAUCUGCCUGGUGCACUUGGGGGAGCCAGAGCUCCAGGACAUCCGGGAUGAACUGCUGGCUGGCAUGAUGGAGGGUGUGAAGUGCCACCUUGACAGCAGCCUGACUCCUGUCCGUCACUUGGGCAUGAUUGUGGCCGAGGUCAUUAGCUCCCGGAUUCACCCUGAGGGGCCUCCCCUGAAAUUCCAGUACGAAGACAGUGAGCUGAGCCGUGAGAUGCUGGCCUUAGUCGCACCAGCGCCUGAGGGCGACUGUUCCUCAGAAGAAGGAGGUCCUCCCCUGGCUCCUGCCGUGACCAAGGCCCCUGCUGAGAUGAGUGUGCAUGGUGGUGUCUCCUCAGCUCAGCCACCAGGCUCGGACUCAGAGUUGGACAGUGAUGAUGAGUUCAUCCCGUAUGACAUGUCAGGGGACACAGAGCUGAAGAGCAGCAAGGCACCCCUGUACAUCCGGGACUGCAUGGAAGCCCUGGCGGUGUCUGAGGACGUGCAGCGCUGGGAGGCGGCCCUGCAGGCCCUUGAGGGUCUGGUCUACAGGAACCCCGAGAGCACUCGGGAGGUAAGUGUGGAACUGGUGAAAAUACUGCUGCAUCUGGAAGACAGGACCUCUUUGGCAAGAUUUGGGGCAUUGCGCCAGAGAGCCCUGGUAGCUGUCACAGUCACAGACCCAGCCCGGGUGGCUGAAUAUCUGACCUCACAGUUCUAUGCCCUCAACUACAGUCUACAGCAGCGCAUGGACAUUUUGGAUGUUCUGACUCUGUCUGCCCAGGAGCUGUCUCGGCCAGGACGCCUCCGGAGGCCUUCCCAGCAUGACUCCCCGGGUUCUGGCAGCCAGUGCUCACCGACACAGGCUGUCUCUCAGCCUGGCAGUGCAACGGCUCCCAACUGGCGGGUGGUCGUUGAGGAGCGGAUCAAAAGCAAGACCCGGAGAUUCUCUAAGGGCCUUCCCCAGCGGGAGCUGUCAAGCAGCCCUAAUGAGUUCAGCUCCGUGGCCGGCCACUUCUUCUUCCCCCUCACUCGGCACUUUGACAGGCCUGUGGUGACAUUUGACCUUUUGGGAGAUGACCAGUUGGUUCUUGGAAGAUUGACCCACACUUUAGGGUCCUUGAUGUACCUGGCUGUUAACACUACUGUAGCUGUGCCUAUGGGCAAGGCGCUGAUGGAGUUCAUUUGGGUCCUUCGCUUCCAUGCUGACACCUACGUGCGCCGGGGCUUGCUGUCUGCCGUCUCCUCCGUCCUCCUGAGCGUACCUGCAGAGCGGCUGCUGGGGGACCUGCCAGAUGAGCUUCUGGAAGCCAGGUCCUGGCUGGCAGACCCCAUGUCCUCACUCCAUGCCCUGGGGACUCACCCGGGAACCGCCUGCAUGGAACAUGCGUCUUCCUGCGUGGCCCGUCCAGUGCUGAGCUGCGGCUCCCACGCGGCUGCAGACGUGGCAGAGAAGGAUGCAGAUGAUGGCUGCAGGGAGCUGGCAGUGAAGGCUCUGCUACUUCUGGAAAGAAUCAGAGGGAGACUCCUCCCUAGCUCCUGACCUCCGCCACAGGAGGUGCAGCCACGCCCUGGGCCGCCCCCAGUGGAAAGAGGGAGAAAGACCCCGAGGAGCGCGCGGUAUCGGCGUGUGCGGCAGCCAGGUCUGUGUGAAGGAAGCCUCCGCCAGCGCUGGCCCUGCUGUUACUCACAGCCCGGCAAGGCUGAGUGCUCAACUGAGGACGGGAGGGCCUGCGCUGCCCCACACGUCAGAGGCCUCAUGCCGGAGGGAGGAAGAGCUCCUGAGCCUUCACUGUGCCCCUUUGGGGACGCAAUGGCAGCAGAGCACGGAUGGUCCUCUGAGCCCCCCAGGCUGUGUCUCCAGAAGAAUAAACAGGGAGGGAAGCA